AUGAGCAGCGCGUCUUCCACGCCGCCAGUGCCAGUCCCGGGUCUCCACGCCGGCAGCAAGAGCGACUUUGGGGAGGAUCUCGACGUGGACGAGCUCAUUGAGCGCAACCGCUGCCACGAAGACUAUUACAAACUCGAAGACUGUCUCGCGGACUUUGACCGCGACUGGCGCAAGUGCCAAAAGCAGGUGAAGAAGCUCAAGCAGUGCAACGACCGCGUGAACCAACUGCGAAAAGCACACGAAGCUGUUGCCAAAAGUAGCAGCACAUGA